AACUAAACGGAAAGAGAAAAUGUUAUUUCCGCAAGAUACCAACUUUUCUAACCCUCCCACGGGGGCCAAUUUCGAGCGGCUAAAGGUGCCGUACGUGAAUCGAUCGGAAAAGUUCCACUUUCGAGCAAAAAAAGACUUCAGUAAGCAGUUUGCAUUUAUUUACGCGUCUCGCUUGGACGAAAUGCUGGCGCUCGUUUCGGAACGUGUGGUGAAGAAAUGGGGCAACGAAAUCCCUAUCAAGCGAUUGACUGAUCUGCGGGAAGGAUGUCCGCAAAAGUGUGUCAUUAUUGGAACACUUUUCAAGCAUCAGGAACUGAAACCCAGCGUAUUGCGUGAAAUUUCGGAAGAAAAUCAGCUAGCACCGCAGCCACCAAGGUCACAUUACGCCGACGACAAGGACAUUCUCGUCCUGGAGGAUGCCCUUCAGCGCAUCAGGUUGGUUGGGAAGAUCGACGUACACUCGGUUGUUACGGGAGUCGUCUGCGCUUUAUUAGGGUACGAGGAAUCGGAUGGACGAUUUUUCGUCGAAGACUUCAUCUUCUAUGAAGGCGGACCCCAAAAGCAACUAAAAUCUUUGGAAAGCUCUCCGUUGUUGGUACUAGUAUCUGGAUUGAAUCAGACUGCCGCAAACGAUUGUUCGCUUUCGUUGGAAUUAUUCCAGCAAUGGAUUUUCGGUAAUUUGGAGGGUUUCGGGCAGGUCCAUGAUUGGGAAGCCGCUAGUGUUGUGCGAAUCGUGAUUGCCGGUAAUUCGGUCAAAGCCAAUCUGAAACACAAAAACCAUCUUCACACGAAGGCCACGAACGAAGCGGCGGAGCUCGUAGCGGCGGUCAAAGCAGUUGAUACCUUGGUCUACAACCUGGCACAAUCCGUUCCAGUAGAUCUAAUGCCGGGCGAGUUCGAUCCAGCCAAUCAUAUGAUACCGCAACAACCGAUGCAUCAUUGUCUAUUCCCACGGUCAGUUGAAUAUUCGAGCUUCCGCGGCGUACCGAAUCCGUACGCGUUCGAGUUGGCAGACCGAUUCGUCGUCGGUACAUCCGGUCAGAACGUACAGGAUAUAAUGCGUUAUUCGAAAAUUGAGUGUCCGCUGGAAGCUUUAAGGGCAUCGCUUCAAUGGAGUCACAUAUUCCCCACGGCUCCGGACACGCUGCCAUGCUAUCCGUACAGUCAGAAAGAUCCAUUCAUCUUGAACGAAUGUCCGCAUGUGUACUUUGCGGGUAACACGGGAGACUUCCUCACAGAAGAGUGGAACGGAUCGGAUGGGAAACACAAAACUCGAUUGGUUUGUGUCCCAUCAUUUUCGGAGCAUCAGAGUGUUGCCGUUGUGAAUAUUCGUACGUUGGAAUGCAGGAAGGUGAGCUUCAAGGUAGAAAACUUUGGUGACGAAGAAGAAUGAAUUACUGAAAUCAAGAUCGGUGGAUCAGUGAUCCCAUUCCUCCUUGU